AAAAGCUAGGUCUCUUGCACCAGUUAGCCAAGUUGUGAAUGUAAAGGAAAAGUUCUUGAAGAAAAUUAAAAGUGCUACUCCAGUGACCACACCAAUGUUAAGAAAACAAAACAGCCUCAUUGGUGAUAUGGAGAAAGAUUUAGUGGUAGAAGAUCAAAUCAGCCACAACAUUCCCUUAAGCCAAAGCUUAAUCAAGAGCAAGGUCUUAACUCUUUUCAACUCUAUGAAGGCUGAGAGAGGUGAGGAAGCUGCAGAAGAACAGAUGGAAGCUAGCACAGGUUGGUUCAUGAGGUUUAAGGAAAUAAGCCAUCACUGUAACACAAAAGUGGAAGGUGAAGCAGCAGGUGCUCAUUUCAAAGCUGCAGCAAGUUAUCCAGAAGAUCUAGCUAGGAUCGUUGAUGAAGGUGGCUACAGCAAACAAGAGAUUUUCAAUGUAGAUGAAACAGCCUUCUAUUGGAAGAAGGUGCCAUCUAGGAUUUUCCUAGCUAUUAAUAGAAAGGAGAAAUCAAUGCCUGGCAUCAAAGCUUCAAAGAACAAGCUGACUCCCUUGUUAGAGUCUACUGCAGCUGUUGACUUUAGAAAUGCCUUUUAUAAUGCUAUAGCUGUCAUAGACAGUGAUUCUUCUGAAGGAUCUGGUGGUCUGGAGCCAAACCCACAUUUUCUCCGAGAAGACAGCUCCCCACAGGUCGUCUUUCCUCAGGGUGGAAGCCAUGGCACUGUAAGCUGUGGUCAAGAUUCUCUUGAUGACCAGGGGAUCUUUGGACUCUUGGCACCAACCCACUGGGCUAUCUUUAAGCCAAAAUUUGCCAGUCCUAAAUCAGCGACUCCCAUCUUCCCCACAGUCAUGGCUAUUAGACAUCAGCACAUUUAUUUAAAUACGAAAUGA